GCAGGGCUGCAGAGCCACAAGCCACCGAGAAGAUGCAGGCUCCAACCAUCCAUCCCCUCCUCUGGCUGCUCUGCUGCAUGCUGCUCCGAGGUACUGCAACCUCCACAGACCCCUCUGUCCCCACUGUAACAGGUCAGUCUCAACCAGCAACAGGCAGUCCUGAAGUACAGAACCAUACCUCAGAGCCUUCUGUAAAAUCAACACCACCAACCACCUUGAGUCUCACCUCCACAGCUCCAACUGCUGCAGCCAAAGCUGCUUCUGCUGCUACAACACUGCUGACAUCAACUGCACGAGAUGAAAAGCCUAAUGGAGGUAAAAGCACAAGAGCUUCACCAACCCAAGGUCAAGAGCCCCAGAGAAGUGAGAGUACCACAACAUCAGCAACUCAGAGUGCCUCCUCCUUUCUCUCACAGAGAGGCACCUCCACCCCAGCCACUCCAACACCACAGCCCUCUGGCUACUUGCCUGUGCCCACCCCAACAGACGACAAAUCCCCGCUGACGGUGGCAGCUUUUGGUGUCAUCAGCUUCAUAGUCAUCCUGAUAGUGGUUGUGAUCAUCCUGGUCAGCGUGGUCAGCCUGAGGUUCAAGUGUAACCACUCAAAGGACUCAGAAGACAAGCAGAAGCCAGGGAGCUCCAUGGUAUCAGAGAGCUGCUCAGCAGGCUCAAGCCAGAAGGAUAACAGCAUCACUCUGAUCUCCAUGAAGAACAUCAACAUGAACAACAGCAUGAGCUACCCACCAUCAGAAAAGAACCGCUCCCGCCACUGCCUCGAGACGGCACCCCCUGCACGCUGCUAUGACGUCACCACCCCUCGCUUUGCGUCACGCCCCGCGCGGUGCCCGCUGGGAGCUGCGGUCCGCGCUCGGCCCGCGGGGGACUCCCGUACCCAGAAGCCCCCGCGCUGCCGCCGGCCGCGCGUACACAAGAUGGCGGCGCGGGCGGGCCGGGGCGGUGGGAGGUGA